AUUAUAUAUUAGACUAUUUAAUAUUGUGUAUGUACAGUGAAAAUUUGUAAGAUAAUUAUCAGAUGAUUUCAAAUUUAACUAUGCAACAAAAAGAUGUUGAGGAUCCCAUUGAAGAAAUGUUAAUUAAAACCGGUUGUAUAAAAUUACAUCAACAAGUUCAGGAGUGUAUAGCAGAAACUCAAGAUUGGAGAAAAUGUCAAGAGCAAGUAAAAAAGUUUAAAGUGUGUAUGAAUGAAUAUCAAAGAAAGAGAGAAGAAUCUUAUUUAAAUAAAUAA